GAACAAGGUAUCACUGCCGACACGGCGACACCAACGGCCCAAACGGGAUUUUCUACUCACUUUUCCUACUCACGGCGACACCAACGGGAUUUUCUACUCACUUCUCCGGUCUCAGAUGCCAAUACAAUGGCGGGGUAUUGGUAUCAGCUUUCUUUUCAACGACGGACAAAAUGCUUCCUAUCCUAAGUAGACUGUCGCAGAAUUCUUGGGCAAGAGAAUAGAAAGCAACUGAUAAUAAUUCCGCCGGUGAGGAGGAACGCCCCAUCUCAGCAGUCUGUUCAAUAUGAAGUUCAGGCCGCUGUUUCUGUCUCUGCUCGUGCUCGUGUUCGUGUGGUCUGUGGCCUCACAAGAAUCUGGUUUCACCUACAAUGGUUUCCAAGGUGUAAGCUUGACCCUGGAAGGCAUCUCGCAGAUCACUCCCAAUGGCCUCUUGAUGCUGACCAACCAGAGUAGACAACAGCAAGGUCACGCCUUCUACCCGUUUCCACUCCAGUUCAAGAACCCCUCGGAUGGUAAUGUUGUCUCCUUCUCCACCACUUUCGUAUUCGCAAUCAUCUCCCAGUAUCCAGACUUAAGCGGCCAUGGAAUCGCUUUCGUGAUCUCACCUUCAAGAGGUCUCCCAGGAGCUCUACCAAGUCAAUAUCUAGGCCUCUUCGGUGAGUCCACCGUUGGCAGAUCAACUAACCACUGUUUCGCAGUUGAGCUCGAUACGAUCCAGAGCAAAGAGUUCUUUGACAUCGAUAACAACCAUGUUGGAAUCGAUAUUAACGACUUAAAGUCUUUUAGAUCUGCUCCGGCCUCUUAUUCCAUGGAUCACAGUGGUGGCCGCUGGCAGAACCUAAGCCUCAUAAGUGGGAAACAGAUGCAAGUUUGGGUUGAAUAUAAUGGCCUAAACACGCAGAUUAACGUAACAUUAGCUCCGUUUAAUGUACCUAAACCCGAUAUAUCUCUCUUGUCUGUGUCUUACAACCUUUCUGAGAUAAUGCUAGACACCAUGUACGUGGGGUUUUCCUCGUCGACGGGCUCUGUUCUCACAUCCCAUUACGUGUUGGGAUGGAGCUUUGAGCUUAACGGGCCAGCAAAAGCUCUCACCCUUUCCCAACUUCCUAAGCUCCCUCGAGUCGGACCCAAGCAGCAAUCCAAAAUUUUGACCAUUGGGUUGCCCAUUAUUGUCCCGGUUUCUGUGUCAAUAGCAGUCUUGGGUAUCAUUUUCAUCGUGAGGAGGAAGAGAAAAUUUGCAGAAUUAGUUGAAGAUUGGGAACUCGACUAUGGGCCUCACAGGUUCAAAUUUAAGGAUCUCUACAUCGCCACCAAUGGCUUUCGGGACACGGAGCUUCUCGGUAUCGGUGGUUUCGGUAGAGUCUAUAGAGGGAUAUUACCCAGCUCCAGAAUUGAAGUCGCUGUGAAGAGAGUCUCCCAUGAUUCAAGACAAGGGAUGAAAGAAUUUGUAGCCGAGAUCGUUAGCAUCGGUCGUAUGAGGCAACGGAACUUGGUACGACUUCUGGGCUAUUGCAGGCGUAAAGGAGAGCUCCUACUGGUCUAUGAUUUCAUGCCCAAUGGAAGUUUAGACAAGUUCCUCUUUAACCAACCAAUGUGUACAUUGAAUUGGAGCCAAAGAUUUCGAAUCAUCAAAGGGGUAGCGUCGGGGCUAUUGUACCUGCACGAAGAAUGGGAGCAGACUGUGGUUCACAGAGACAUCAAAUCCAGUAAUGUCCUACUAGACAGCGAGAUGAAUGGAAGAUUGGGAGAUUUCGGGUUGGCAAAACUGUAUGAUCAUGGAACAGAUCCUCAAACUACCCAUGUGGUGGGAACGGUGGGUUAUCUAGCACCAGAGCUCAUUAGAACCAGAAAGGCGACACCGUGCUCAGACGUGUUUGCGUUCGGGGCCUUCAUGCUCGAGGUGGCUUGUGGGAGAAGGCCAAUAGAGCCACAGGGUUCAGCGGAGGACCUAAUUUUGGUUGAUUGGGUGUUUUCAUGUUGGAGUAAAGGGGCAAUUCUGGAGACUGUGGAUCCAAAUUUGGGGAGUACUACUGGUUAUGUAGUUGAGGAAAUGGACUUAGUUUUGAAGCUUGGCCUGCUAUGUUCUCACACUCUUCCAUCGGCUAGGCCAACCAUGCGACAAGUAGUGCGGUUUUUGGCCGGAGAUGCCCCUCUACCGGACCUAUCAUCACCGCUUGGCCUGGGUGUGAGCGGUCUGCUUGGUGAAGGCUUCGACGACUUCGCAACGUCGUAUCCUUUUCCUUUGGAUAAGACAUUUACUCAGUCGUCGAUUGCAGAGUCUCUCCUCUCUACAGGUCGUUGAUUAUGUAAAAAUCUAGACAAUUCUUAGUAAAGGAAUCAGUGUAAUUUACUAUUUCAUCAGUGUAUAUACCUCAUCUCAAAAGAAUCACAUUUCACGAAACAUUGUUGAGAGUUUAAGUUUCAUGAAUUGUGAUUUGCUGAUGUUCAAAACUUAAAAGCCCAAAAUUUCUCCUUCUU